AUGGUGCAGGGUGAUAGCCGUAAUUUUAUGACAGUUGCCAACAGCAAUAGGGAGCUGAUCACAGCCGCAUAUGAGCUUGGAGUCGCCCACCCUCCUGGCUACCCCCUGUUCACGCUGCUGGCCAAACUGGCGACGGGGCUGCUGCCCGUCGGCUCCCCCGCCUACCGAGUCAAUCUCCUCUGUGGCUUGUUGGGAGCAGCUGCCGCCUCUUUGCUUUUUUACACAGUUUUCAGGCUUUCUGGCUCAUAUGCUGGAGGAAUCCUUGCUGCGGGGGUGUUUUCAUUUUCUCGUCUAACAUGGCAGUGGUCCAUCGCGGCGGAGGUUUUUAGCUUAAACAAUCUGUUUGUGGGGCUGCUGAUGGCUCUCACCGCGCAUUUUGAGGAGGCAUCCACUGCAAAAGAGAGAUCAAAGAUCUCUAAACUUGGUGCCUUUUGCUGUGGCCUCAGUCUGUGCAAUCAGCACACUAUAGUGCUUUAUAUCGCAUGUAUUGUGCCUUGGGUUCUCUGUCGGCUUUUCACAAAGACGGAAUUGUCCCUAGGCCAUUUGCUGAAGUUGGGUUUAUGCUUCUUGGCUGGUUUGCUGCCUUAUCUCUAUCUGCCGGUGUCAUCCUACCUCAAUCAAGCCCGUUGGACAUGGGGAGACCAGACGACUUUGCAAGGAUUUUUGACCCACUUUCUCAGGGAAGAAUAUGGGACAUUCAAUCUGGCCAAGUCCGAGACAGGAUCCAGUAUGAGAGAAAUGCUGGUUUUUCAGCUGGCGCAGAUGAAGUCAGAGCUCUCCCUUCCCAUCCUCGCCCUGGCGCUCAUGGCCUGUGUGAGCACAGCACUGCCGACAAAGCAGCAGAAAUCACCUGUAAUCUGGCUCUUCACUGGAAUGCUCUGUCUUUAUUCUCUUUUCUUUGCUUGGAGAGCAAAUUUGGAUAUUACAAAACCUCUGUUUCUGGGUGUGGUGGAGCGAUUCUGGCUGCAGAGCAGUGCCGUGGUGGCUGUGCUGGCGGGGCUGGGGCUCUCCUCGGUUGGAAACGCCGUGCUGGGGGGCAGCCGGGCGCUGCCGUGGCUGGAGUGGCUCUCUGCUCUUGCUCUUGUGGCUUCUCAAAUAUGGGCAAAUUACAGCAUUUGUGAUCAGAGCAACAACUAUGUUGUUGAUGAGUUUGCAAGGAAUUUGCUGUCCUCUAUGCCGACGGGUGCAGUGAUCUUGCUACGAGGAGACUUACCCGGGAAUGCUCUUCGUUACGUUCACUAUUGUGAAGGGAUGAGGCCAGAUAUCACCUUAGUGGACCAGGAGAUGAUGACUUAUGAAUGGUAUUUACCCAAGCUGGCAAAGCAUUUACCUGGUGUUUAUUUUCCUGGGAACCGGUGGAAUCCUGUGGAAGGAGUAUUACCCGAUGGGACACUUGCUUUUAAUCUCCAUCGUUUCCUCAAAGUAAAUAAACAUAAGGAAGUGUUUGUCUGCAUAGGUCUUCAUGAAGGUGACUCGACCUGGAGAAGGAGCUAUUCUCUCUGGCCGUGGGGUACCUGUGAAAAGUUGGUUCCUUCUGAUGUUGUUUUUGACCCAGAAGAGUGGAUUCAUCUUACAAGAAAUCUCUAUAACUGGACUGAAGACUAUGGCAGUUUCAAGCCCUCUUCCUGGGAAGCUGUUGCCAAUGAGGAGAUGUGGCAAGCCAGGAUGAAAACAGCUUUCUUUAUAUUUGACCUUGCAGAAACUGCCAGCGUGACUGCAGAAAUGAAAUCACAACUUUACACUUUUGCAUACACCUCAUACAAAGAAAUUGUCAACUCUCAUCCAAAUCACCCGGUGAACUGGCACAAGAACUAUGCCAUCGCCUGCGAGAGGAUGUUGCGUCUCCAUCAGGUGGAUGUGGAUCCAGAAGUGUUGCUCUCUGAAACUGUGAAGCAUUUCCUUCUGUACACUGAGAAAGCAGAAGACGAUCCCCAGCGCCAGGAUAUUCUGCAGGCUGUGAAGCACCUGAAAAAAGAGCUGCAGGGGCUGAGGAAAAUGAAAGAAGACCUGAGGCAGCGAGCUGGGUAGUGCCUGGUCCUCAACCUGCACGCUGAAAGUUUGAAGUCAGGACUUAAAAUCUGAAUUAGUCCUUGACAAAGUGAGAAUUGUUUUAAAAGGCAAUAGAAAUGGCAGCGGAGAGGAAAUCAAGUGUGAUUGCCUCUGCAGGAACGUACUGUUGUUUGGUCUUUGAUUGCUGUUGCCAAAUGAACUGUUUCUGUUGUUUUGUGUGCGGGGGAAAAAAGCUCAUCACUAAAUAAAAUCCUGGGUUUUGAACAGGAGAGAUUUCUUUUAAAAGAAACCUGUGAAUCUUUUACUGUGAAUAUCUCUUAUUUUAAUGAGUGCAGAUUCCUUUAUAGAUGCAAAAAAUGUAUUUAGCCUUUAAAUGUUCCUUCUGUUACUGAGCCAAGAGAUUUUCUCCAGCCGUUUUGCUUUAGCUGUGCUGUGUCUGGUUUUGUGGUGAGGGGGCAGCACGGUUGGGUAGGUUUCCAUCAGGACAAGCACGUGGGAUGAUGCCCUUUGCAGGAGCCUGAUUGUUCGCUGUUUGGGAUGUGCUCUGUGCCCAGGGGUGCUGCAGACAUGAUGUUCACCCGGCGUGGGAUGGUGGGUAGAGACCAAUCCAGCUCCUUCUGCCUCCCUUGAUUUGCAGGGAUGGUUAUUUCCAUUACGCUGGGAUUUUAUGUUGGGAGAGAAUUUAUAUUGCUCGAGUUUUCCAGUGACGAACAAGCAACUUGUGUAUUUUCCUUUCCAGAGUGCCGUGACUAUAGGCAGCAGCGUGGUAUCUCCUGCUUGGGGCAGAGGGACCGUGGUGCUGAGACCCUGCGUAGGGACAUGAGAGCAGCUCCCCUGGGACACUGCUCUCCCCCGGCCUCAUGGCAUCUGUGCUGUGGCAUCUUCCUGUGCAAGUCCGUAACGCUCAACCAGUCUGCCAUGUCCUCACAGGUACUGGGGAUGCCAGAACUGCAGUUUCAGAGAUGGCAGGGGCUUUAACCAAAAAAGAAUCCAUUUUCAGUCUACCCCAAAAGCCAAGCAACUUGAUUAAUGAGCUUGGCUACUUGUUUUCAGAAAAAAAAGGCAGACCCAAAAUAGCAUGUUUUUCAAAAUGUCAUUUAACAUGUACUUCAGAUGCUUAAAACGGACCCCAAACUCUGCUGUUGUUACUGGAAAGUUGUGUUCAUCUAAAUUUUCAAACUUGGUUCUGUGAGAUCUCAGCCCAGUGUUUUAUUGGAGACAAAUUGCUGUCAGGCCAGGAUUUCAUUUGGACUAGUAAAUUUUUCAGAGAAGAAAGAAGUACUUCUGUGAAGACUGCGUUAUGGGGUGGCACCUCUGAAAGCUUCCCAGGGCUUGGCAGAGCAGAUCAGGAUGUGUGCAGGAGCGAGGGGUGAUGCAGGUGGAUGUUCUGUUGAUCUGUAGUUUGAGGUGCAUGUAGGUGCAGAUUUAGGCUCGUGUGGCUACUAACCCUAAUAGGUCCUUUUAAAAAACUAUUUUUGUGGUUCUCUCCAAGUGCCGAUCUCCCCAGAUUGACUUGCCUUGAGUGUUGCCUAUAUAAAAAUCAAGCUGACAUCUAAGAAUCUCUUAGCUCUGGUUGCAAAAUAACAUCCUUUAGUUUUCUCCCUCUCGUUCUGAUUUAUUUCCAUAGUAUGAUUUCCAUAGCAAUUCCCCCUGUUACUUCUAUAAACGAUUCCUGUACAAACAGCAGAUGAGAAAUGAGCAAUAAAAAGAAAGAAAACUGCAGCUUCUGGGUUGCAAAGCCACAAAGCAGAGUGAAGAGAAGGAAGAGGAGCGGUUCAGGGGUGUCAUUUUAACUCUUUGUGUUGUAAUUGACUACAUUUCAGGUCAACCGUGCCUCACUUAAAUCUCUUCCUUUUUCUCAAUCCCUGCAGAAGUGUUUGUACAGAGCAGGAGAAUAUCAUACAUUCCUCCGUGCAGCUUUCUCAGGGCUGGCUUUCUUCUCCCUUCUCAAAAUCAGUCCUUCAGCCUAGCAGAAAAGCAUUAGGAAUCCAAUUUUUGAAUGCUUUUGUUACCUGCAUUAUUGAAAAUCCAUUCAAGCAAAUAUACUGAGCCAAGGGUUUUCUUUAUCUUGAUUAGAUGCCCCUCCUUAGCUGCAUAGUCUUGAAAUAAUUGGAAGCUUUUGUGGAUUCCACUAUCUACUUGAGAGAAAAGAGGGGCUGGACAAAGGUAUCCCAGCCUGCAGCCCGCGUCGAGUAACGUCGUGUAUUGUAAUAAAAGCAGCGAUGCAACUACAAGGAGAACUUUCCCACCAGCAAAAGCCUUCCCAGGUGUGAAGAGCAGUUGGAAAAGCGAUGCUUUUUCAGGGAGCAAAACAGAACUGGUUGCAAACCUGCUGUUCACGUGCGCCGUGUCCGUACGAAUCGCAUGCACGUGUGAUACAGGUGUCCGUGUUGAGAGUUCAGCUCGAAGAUAUCCCUCUUUGCGAUGGCCGAUCGCAAAGGGGAAAAUAUUUAACAGCGAUAGAAGUUACAAAAUUCUGCUCCCUGCAUCUGCUCAGAUGAGAUUUGCUGGUGCUUGUAGAUGGAGCAGUUGCGUGGAUGCUUCUGAGCCUGUUCGCUAAAAGGCGGUGCUGAGGGAUGCUGGCAGAAGUUUAAUUUUUAUCAGCUCCUCUUAGGUGGCACCCUUAAGUUUAUCAAACAAGCAAAGCUGAUUUGCUCUUCAUUCAUCUCAGUUGCAUGAAUUGGUUGCCAAGUAAACAGGAUUUUGCAUUUUCCUAAUUACUUUCAUAUUUGUGUUUUACCUCUAUUUGUUCUCUUG